AUGUUUUCAUAUUCUGAUUUUUGUUCUAUCGGUACGGCCAUGAUCUUAUCGGCCACCACCUUUUUAAUGGGUGUUUUCUUCAGCAGCAUGCCAUAUGAUUACCACCUUUUAUUCAAUCCUAACGCCGUUCAAGAACAUUUUGAUCUGGCCUUGAGACAUUACCAAACCUUGCACGAAACUCCAACGCCAGUUAUUAUUGCUUUGUGUGUUGUUGCCGGGAUUGGUUUGAUUGGUGGUACAAUCAAAAUUUUCAAGCCAAACCCUGAAUUACAGAUGUUCGAAUACUGUUCAUUAGGUUUGUACGUGUUGGCCAUCUGUGUUUUCCUCACCAAUGUGAAAACUGGUAUUGACUGUUCUGUGAGCCAUAACUGGGGGGAAGUCACCGAAAAUCAAGGUUUGGCUGUCAUUGCUUCUUCUAAUAUUAUUCUAUUGGUUAUGUUUGCCGGUGUAAUCAUCCUACAGAUGGGCCUAUGGUAUAGCAACUGGGAUUUGCAGAAAAGAUUGAAGCAAUUCUAUGCUGAAGAAGAAACAGAAGCUUCCAAUGUCGGUAAAAAGACUGAAAAAACUGAAAAACUGAAAAAGAACGACAGCAAACCUAAAGGUGCCCAAAAAAGGAAAAACGGUAAGAAAUAG